AUGGACCCGUCCGCAAGACGGGAUCCAGAGCUUGAGCAUUCCGCGGAGAGCGCGCCGCGGGAGCCUGCACCUGCCGAGCCUCGUCCGCGUCUUCUUGCGCAUCCCUCCGCAAGCGAGCCCGUCCGCCGCUUCGAGCGGGUGCAGACUCUUCCCCAUCAGCCGGCCGCGCGCCCCUCCUCCCCUGAGUAUUCGUGGGCUCCGGCGCGUGUUGCGUCGAACCGUCCAGACGGUCAGCCGCCGCAGGCCCGGGCGAGCGGGGGGCCGACUCACGUUCACAUCGAGGUGACGAAUGGACCUCCCUUUGCCGCGGAUCCCGGCCAGGUGGCCCCCCUGCGCGCGCCGAUGCUGACCGAGUAUCUGCCCGCGCGGGUGGGGAGACCCGAGUAUCGCUCGCCUCGUCAGGUUCCAGGCUUCUCCGCUGGGCGCAUGACUGUUGGCCGCGUUCCUGGCUGGUCGGCGUCGUUUCCGCGCGAAGAGCAGACCGCACCUCUCCCCAAUCCCGCGGGGAGAGACCCCAUGCUGACCAUGUGCCGGAUAUUGAAUCUGGCGGAGGCGAGCGAGGUGGUGGCGAGCUUGCAGCUGGCGAUCCUCAUUCUAGCCGACGAAGGCGUGGAGGACUCGGUGAUCAACUCUGACUCGCGCUCGCUCGCCACGCUGCUGCUCAUCCGCGACAUCCAGUCCAAGCGCAUGCCCUACGAGGUCUGCUUCUCCGGCGCCCCUGCCCGCGGGCCCUCGCGCAGCGCACACAUCGUGCCUGGCGCUGCUGCCGCCGCCGCCGCUGCCGCUUUCGCUGCUGGCGGCCUGGGAGCAGCAGCAUCAGGGGCAGGCGCAGGGGUCGGGGCGGGGGCGGAUGGUGCUGCUGGUUCCAGUGGGAUCGGGAAUGGGAAUGGGAACGGGGGCUCGUGGAUCAGGCAGAUGCAGAAGGCGUCGCAGCAGUCGAUUGUUAUUUCCGAGAUUCUCGACUCGCGCACGCGAUCCCUCGUGGCCGUGUCCAAGAUCAGCGACUAUGUGCUCUCCAAUGAGCUCGUCUCCAUGGCCCUCGCAAUGGUGUCAGAGGAUCGGGAGAUCAACCGCGUGCUGGAAGAGCUCUUCUCAGAAGAGGGCAAUGACAUGUACAUUCGCCCAGCAGAGCUCUACCUAUACGAGGGAGAGGAUCUGAGCUUCUUCGAGGGCAAUGAGAUAUACAUUCGCCCAGCAGAGCUCUACCUAUACGAGGGAGAGGAGCUGAGCUUCUUCGCGGUGAUGGGCAAUGAGAUGUACAUUCGCCCAGCGGAGCUCUACCUAUACGAGGGAGAGGAGCUGAGCUUCUUCGAGGGCAAUGAGAUGUACAUUCGCCCAGCGGAGCUCUACCUAUACGAGGGGGAGGAGCUGAGCUUCUUCGAGGUGAUGGUGCGCGCGCGGCAGCGUCUGGAGAUUGUGAUUGGCUACCGCCUGGGCGGCGAGGAGGUGGCGGUGCUCAACCCGCCCAACAAGAGUGCCGCCCGGCAGUGGUCGCUCAGCGAUGCCUUCAUCGUGCUCUCUUUGGAGGAAUAA